UCCUGGUGCACUGAUCCCACUGAUGCACAAGACACAUCACAGCUAGGAUGAUAACAACAACAACAAACGUGGAGGAAUCCCUGGGAUGUUUUUCGCUACACAAUGUUCAGGGUUUCCACUACUCUGAAAGGACUUGAAAUUCUUAUAAAAUUGAAAUUCUUAUGCAAAUAUUUUCAAGACAUUAAAAGAGCUUUAGUUUAAAUAAGGUGAUAUAAAAACUUGAAUAUAGCCACCAUCCUGAUUUAUUGCGCUAUUGUCAAACUGAUGCAAAUUAAACAAUAUUUCGUUGUUGUGUCCAAAAUGUGGCUUCUAGUGACAGAUAUUCUUAUAUGAUUAAACUGCGAUUAAUUAAUCACAAAUUCUCUAAUAUAUAUAUAUAUAUAUAUAUAUAUAAAUGUGACGGGGCAGGGGUCAAGGGUCACACAUCCAGAGUCCACGGCUACAGUGAUGGCUGGUUUGUGUUUUUAUAGACAAACCUUCUGAAACCAAACAUUGCAAGUACAUCCCGGCAAUGAUGCUGAUUCCUAUCAACAAAUAGUUGUUCAUUAACAUGUCUGUGCUUCUGUGAAGACAAGCUGUUUGUCAAACAUCAAUGUUGUCCCCUUGAAUGAUUUCAUUUUUUUGUACUGCUCAGGAGAAAGUGCUGACCCAAAUGUGUGAUGCGUUCUCUAAAGUGCACCCUGCUCUUUCAAAACAGUUGUUAUAAGAAGGAACAAUGUAGUCACAAUAUCACAGAUAAAUUCAGUCUUCCUCUGAUCCCAGUGGUUUUCAUGGCUUAAUCGCUUCACUUCAAAACUGCUAUAACAAUAACCCAUAUUGUGCCGGCUUUUAGCUAGGAUUUCCCUCAGCCCUUUCCCCUCCUGACACGCCAUGUCAGCGACUGGCUUCAAAACUUCAAAAAAGAAGCUGUCAUCAUCUAUUUGUAUAAUACAGCUAUUUGUAUAACAAAGCCAAAAUAAUAAACAGAGAUGAAGUCAGUAGCUGUUGCCACAAUAACACGCAGCGCAGUUCUCUGCAUGGCACCACAGUUUGGGGAGCUGGGGAAUGAGCUUUGUGCCAAAAAAUGCUAAAAUACUUCUCCUGAUUAAAAAGAUUUAAAAAGCUAUGAGUUGGGCUUGGAAACUAUUCUUUAAAGUGUGGAACCUCCUUUGAUCUGUGUCAAACAUCCCAUACACAUUGUGCUUUCAUGCCGCAGUGUCGCAACUCACGCGACGUGAACUGCAAGAUUAUGGCAGUAAAUAAAUAUGGCAACCAGGCUACAGCUGCAAAAGGGCCGAAAAUCUGAAAUUUUCUAACAUAUUCAGUAAAAUGACAAAGCGGGAACACCCUUUUCAUGGAAACUAGGCACAAAUAAUCGGACAUUUACAGCGUCCUGCAGAGAAAACAGGGCGUCCAUUUUGUUCAUGUUUUGCAGACGCCCCUCUCGCUAAAAGCCUGCUUCCUUACUAACAUUGUAAGGAUUGUUGUGUUCCACAGGACCAUCUGCAUUGCUACUGUCACUGUUCCUCCUCAACAUGAAGCAUGCCCCCAAUUCUCCAGUAGCUCUUAUCCUAUGACAACACAUGUCUGAGUUUGACUCUCAUACGUUCUUCGCAUUUCUACUCCCAGCUUGACAACUUCAAUUAUGAGAACCCAGGUUUUCCACAGACAGUUUUUGUGUGACACUGUGACUCAUUAGAAUAAAGUAUAACUGACUCUCAUCUUGACUCUCAGUUAUUGACUGAUGACGUCAGAGUAAAUAAUCAGCUGGUCAGCCACAAUUUUGGGUCCAGACACCAAGUCAUUCAACCACUGUGCCAGCUUCUGUUUCUAGCUGUUAGAGACCACCGAAGCUUUUUGUUUUGAUAAACCGAUUAUUAAAUAGAGAAACUACAAGUUUAUAACAGUGCUGGACUGAUCUUUCUCAGGAUGAAUUCUCUUUAUUUUCUCCUGCCAUUUCUUCACACUUGUGUCUCUCAAGUGGAUGUCUUCCAGAGCAGGUGGACCCAGCAGAUACCAGUCGCCAUAAACUGCAGCAGCCAAGCUGAGUUCCUGGCUUCCAAUGAGUGCAGGUUGACACGAGAAUCUUGUGACACGGUCUUUUGCCCUCCGUGGCAGCGCUGCAUUCAGGGACAAUGUACCUGUAAACUGCUAUAUAUGUGUGAAACGUGGAACGUCAAGCCUGUUUGCGGAAGAGAUAAGAGAAGCUAUCUUUCGUUUUGCCAGGCAAUGGCCAUGUCGUGCCGAACCAAGCAGCCAAUCAUGUCUCACUUUUCUGAAACUUGUGAAGUUGACGGUCCCGUGUUCAGUACCUCCAUCGAUCCAGACACCGGACUCGUCACAGUAUUUGUCCCCGACAGCAACUCUCCUGGUGGCGGACAGAAUCUGUUGGUCUGUAAGAAAUAUUGGCAAAUGGCGGAAGUAAAUGUGGCCUGCAGGGAAAACGGAAGCCCACUUGGUGGCGCAUCUGCUGGUUACAAGCUCUAUCACUCACUGAUCACACAGCACCAGAACAAACGCUUCCCCACACAUUGUGUGUCUAUACGAUGCCAAGGCUACGAGAACUCCCUGGCCGAGUGUGUCAUACAUGGCAAGGUGCGGAAUUAUCCUAAUCGGAAGAUCGCCACAGCAACCUGUUACAACAUGACUCAGAAAACAGAGACGUGUAGCUUCAAGUGCGCCAAUGAGAAGCUUGUGCCAAUGAGUCAUACGUGCGAUGGAAUCGACCACUGCGGUGACCUCAGCGAUGAGAUGUGCUGCAAAAAAUGCAGGAACAAAGCUUUCCGAUGCAAGACUGGAGUCUGUGUGUCUCAAGAUGCUCUCUUGGACCAACAGAUCGACUGUCUGGAUGGUGAAGAUGAGUCAACAAAACAGCUGAAGGAACAAGGCCCUCUUUCACCUUUCAUCCAAAAUACAGAAUAUACUUCUCCCCGGAACGAAACCGCCAUCAUUCGGGCUCAUCUGGAGUCCCGCCUCUAUUGUGGGCUUCCCAACACCACCACUGUCCACAAUGAAGAGAUGGUUCACAGACAGAGCAGAUUCAAGCGAGUGGUUGGAGGGACUCCUGCCAAACCGACUCAGAUCCAGUGGCAGGUGGCGCUGCAGGAGGACAAGAAGAUCAACUGUGGUGGAGCUUAUAUUGGAGGGUGCUGGGUGCUCACGGCGGCCCACUGUGUCAGGCCGAACCCCACCUUGUUCUGGGUGAAAUUCUCUCUGUGGAUGAAGUCGCGGCCCCAAGAUACAACUGAUAUUGUCUCAGUCCAGGAGAUCAUCAUCCAUCCACAGUACGACGCUGCCACAUACCAGAAUGACAUCGCCUUGGUGAAGCUGAAGGCCCUUCCGCAAGACAAGGAAAAAUGUUUUGUGGACAACCCAGCCGUCAGCGCCGUGUGUGUCCCGUGGACCACCAAGCUGUUUCAGCCCUCACACAACUGCAGCAUCUCAGGGUGGGCACUUAACGCAGAAGGAGACGGUUCCCAAGUGUUGCACUGGGCAAAGGUCACCCUCAUUGACAACUGCCAAACGUUCUACGGGGAUCGCUUCAAACCAGGCAUGAUGUGUGCAGAUGAUCCCGAGGGCAGAGUGGACUCCUGCCAGUGGGAGAGCGGGGGUCCCCUGGUGUGCGAGGAUGAGCUGGGUGUGUCCUACCUGUGGGGCAUCGUGAGCUGGGGGGAACGGUGUGGUCAGCGGAACCUCCCUGGACUUUACACCCAGGUGGCCCACUACUUUGAGUGGAUCAGGGGUCACACCGGGUGGCCUGCUGUGACAAAGUACAAUUCCUGACCUCUCACAGAUUUUAUGGAUGAUUUCAGUGCAGAUUCAUCUGUAAGUACAAUAAACAUUUGCAUUUCCACUAAAAUAUUUAUGACGUAAACAGGUUUUAUUUGUUGAAGCCGUCUCUUUGUUCAGUCAGAGACUCAACAUCAGUCUGGGAGCAAGGGCUCAGUCUCAUCACAUAACUUCGUCUACUAAAUAUGGACUCAUGAUAUUUACAGCAAACACGUUGAGAUAUGACAAGCAGCCUUUGUUGGUCACAGAGAACCAUCACAUUCGAAGAACAUGAAAAAGCAUGAAAGAAGAGGGGGGUAGCCAGGGAGGGUCAUGAUGUGGAGACAUUAAGAUACUGUAGGUGGUGACCUCUGAUGGGAAAUGCCAAGAAAAAGAAAGUAAAUCUGAGAUUUCUCAGAUGUGAAGGCAAUUGCCAGUUUCCUUCACAACAACAACAUGUAAUGAGUUACGUUUGAGGGGGGGCAUGAUCCACCUGCUGCUGCAGUCGAAUGGCGCUCCUCAGCCUCCGGAGGUCGCUCUCCACCUGAACACACACACAUACAAUGUGUGAGAUAGUGUCUGGAUUUCAUGUAACCAAGCGUGAGGUGGAAGAGGUGCAGGUACCAGCGCCAGCUCGCCUUUCAGCCGGUUGUACUGCUCAACAUCAAAUUUAGCUUUUGUCGCCCUCUGGUGGAAGAAGUGCAGGAACUGUCUGUCUUUCACAUCAGGGCAGUAAAACUCCUGAAGGACACGAGGCAGUGAGCGGAGGAGGUGACGACGGAUGUCUUCCUUCUCACCUGCUUGGUGAGGACGUAGUAGGCGAAGAACAUCAUGCUGGUGCUGUAAGUGAUGAAGUA